AUGGCCGCCACGCCCUCGCAGCUUUCUCCCGUUGAAAAAACCGUCUCUGCACCAAAGCACAACGCUGAUGUGCCUGUUGCUGAGAUGAAGCUGCAAGAAACCACGGCUUCUGGGGUUACUCCCCUGCAGCUUGAAGCGAACCCGCAGUACAUCACCACAGGACAGGGAAUUAUGACCGCUCUUGAGACGUUGGGGGCGGCCAUCCUGAUGGUGUUGUACCUGCUGAUGGGGCAGAGCGUGACGUACCAGUGGUAUGCGCACGCCGCCUUCCUCCUGGCUUUCACCUACUGCCUCAACAACACGCUCAUCAUCAUCUCGGCCAUGGCCUCGCCUUCUACCCAGCACCACCUUCCGCUAACUCUCUACUACUCGCUGUACCACUGCACGGCCGGGCUACUCUUCCUUGUAGGAGGCGCCGUGUUUUAUGGUGUCGACAAAGGAGACGGCCUGCGGUUCAGAAAUCUCACUGGGACCACGCUGCUCGGCGUCGGGAUACUCCAUGUGUGCCAUGGUGUGAGCACCCUGGCGUCGUAA